GGAUUUUCCAGCUUUCUCAUCCCCCACAAACCUAUAUAUUUUCGUGAAACAAUUCGUUCGUUCUGCAUUGGAAAGGUUCACCGUCCAACGCACGUUCGUUUAACUUUCCGCUAAUCUAUAGAUUGAUCCGGACUUAUUCAAGGGCAUGGAAAAGAAUAUCGAUGGAAGCCAAACGAAGGGUUCCAUCGUUUUCCAGGAAACGAGUUCCAGGGAAUGAAGGGAAUUGAAAAAACAAAAAAACAAAAGAACAUAGAAAUACUGAUUCAGAUGAGGGCAAAGUGGCCCAAAUGAAAGUUGGGUUGACAAUCCUCAGCACUGCUGGGGGCUUUGCAUUAUUUUUGUGCGUAAAGGCUAUAUAAAUUUAGGACAGUGUCCAUCAAGUGGGCAGUUACGUUCCAAGUUGAGACAUCGAAACACAUCACGAUGCCACGUCUUCUUGCCAUUCUUCUCGUGUUAACGGUGACAGACGCUUUAACUACGGAAUUGGACCAAGUGCGACAAUUGCAAGAGAAUUUCGAGAUUUUGGCAACGAAAUUUCGCCACCUCGAAACGAAAUUCCAGGAACAAGAAUCGAUUUUAAAGCUCUUGGAAAUGCAACAGUUAGACAACAGCGCCAAGUUCGACAUCAAGGAUUCGGAACAUCCACCACUAGGCCAUAAGGCUUUACCACGUACCUGUUUAACAGCAAGAGUGGCCAACCCUCUCUUAACGUCCGGACUGUACUGGAUCGAUCCGGACGGUCCAGCAUUCGGAGAAGAACCCAUUCGCGUCUAUUGCAACAUGAACACUGGUUGGACGGAAGUCUUACACGACAGUGAAUCACCCAUGAAUUCAGGGCAUUGCACUAGUCCCGGUUGUUACAGCCGAACCAUUCAUUACAAUGCGACCCUGAGGCAAAUGGCAGCGUUGGCCGAACUCUCCAGUGAGUGUUCGCAAUCCAUCAAGUACGAUUGCGUGUCGUCGCCAUUGGAGCGGAACGGCAUUUCGUACGCCUGGUGGAACGAUCGCAAUGGAAACCCUCAAUAUUUCUGGUCUGGCAGCAAUUCGAGGGUUCACGUUUGCCAGUGCGGCAUUGAGCAGACGUGUUUCGAGAAUGAUGUCCGAUGCAACUGCGAUUCCGACGCCAAGCUUCCACUAGCUGAUCACGGGGCUAUCAUCAGGAAGGAAUUGCUACCGGUGACACGUUUGAAUUUCGGGAGGACUCAGCGCCCAAACUCUACUGGUAUCCACACGCUCGGGAGACUGGUGUGUGACGGCCGACUGGCCGUCGUAAAUAAAGGUUUGCCAACUUCGUGCGCAGAUUUAUGGCGAAACGGAUUUUUUAAUAGCGGGCUAUACUCAGUCAAGGGGAACAAACAGUUUGAAAAAGUCUACUGCGACUUCAGCAAAUUGCCUAGUGAACCAGAUUUUCAGGCUUGGGUCGGCUAUGAAGAUGUCAAAUCCCAUCCGAUUCCAAUUGCAUCGUCCAAGGCGAUCGUAGGCCGUGCUAUCACUUCACGUGCAAGGCAUGAUCAGGAACGAACAAAUGAAAAGUAUAUUGCUAUUAAAUAAUGUUGAUUUCUUCAUAAAAAUAAAAAAAAAACUUGAUUGAACGUGAUACAGUGCAAUUAUUCGAGAUAUUUGAUAAACGGCUAACUUGAUGAGAUAAUAUAUAAUUUUCUCGGAAUCAGCGUUCAAUUUUGCGGAUGUUGUUUGAUUUUCAACCAAUUCUAAGUGGUGUCAUUAUUUACAGAAAUUGAAGCAAAAAUAGGGUGAGUCCCCGGGGCAGUUCACUUCGCUUUUUUUCAAUUUUUAUUUCUGUAUUUCCCUUAAAAUCCAAAUAAUUAACUUAUUAUAAGUAGUUUAUAUUAAAAUUUAACGAGAAUUACGAAAACUGAUCUUAUUUUUACGUGUAGCGUUAAGUUUUCGAAAUAAGCGAAAAAAAACAUGUUUCGUAGUUAGCGCGCCAGUACGCUACAGCGCUAGUUUAAUAACGCUACAGUUGUUUGGUAUAAGAGAAAAUAAAUCCCUAACUUGAAAUCAGCAUUUAAUUACGAGUAUAAUGUGGGAUUUUCAAACCAAUUCCAGAAGAUGUCGAUUUUUGCAGAUUUUGAGAAAAAUGACAAGGAGCACCAAGCGAGGGAAAGGAUAUGGUUUUGCAUUGUUAUGAUUAGGUCUCCGCAUGGUGCAGCACUGUCGGAUGGAGCGAGCUUAUGACUUGUGAAAGGAGAUAAAACUGAUGUGUGACUUUCACCUAAAUAAUCAUAAUCAAACAUUAACACUGUUGAACAGUCUAUCUGCCUUACAGGUGUCAGUCUUUCAAGGUCUUACACGAUGGAAGCCAUUGCCUUCCACAUUGAAAUCUGAGCUGAAAAAAAAGAAAAGAAAGUGAGCUUAAAUCUUCAGCACAUUGCAAAAGUUCUUUCAUAUCUGUGGUUUGUCUCAGUUUAGAAAUCAAGAGCUGAACAAAAUUCAAGCCAUGGAAUAAAAUGUGCAGAAACUAACAAAACCCUAAGAACCAGAAGCAUUCAGCAAUGCAAUGCAAGUUUUGCUUUGCAGUUGUUUCAUUUGUGAAUUUUUGCAUCAACAUGUAUAGUACAUUUGAUUGAAAUCCACAAUGCAAUGCCGGUUGCUUUGACCUAUGCCAUUUGCCAACCUUUUAAACCUGCGAUGGGAAAGUAAAAUUUAUGUUCACCUAUAGCAAUAUAAAAAAUAAAAAAAAGCAGUUAUUCUUCCAUCUGUUAUAUAAUUUUUCACUUUUUAACGCUCAUUGGAUUUGCUAUAUUCAUAGGAAGAAAACCCCACAUGAUCACAUCAAUUUGUCAUACUACCUUAAUAGUCAACCUUCUCAAUCAAGUUUCGAAAAUGGCUGUUUCUUUCUGUUUUCUUCAGUACAGCCUGCAGGCAGCAUUCUCUAUUUAAGUAAAAGUCAAGAAAAAUAUCAAGAUUCGUGGGGCAACUUAAACGUACCGAUGGAAACUACUAAUGAACAGUGCUCGAACCUUUUUAUGGAAACAAUCUCCGAUUGUUUUCUUAAGGAGCCUCGUUUGCAAGGGCGUCGGUAACAACUGGUGCGAAUGCAGGUUCUUGUUGAAUAAUGUCGCUUACCUCUGCUAAAACAGGGGAAGAAAUGUCGCAGGCGAUGGCCAAAGAUUCAUCUUGGACUAUGGCCUCGUCAAGCCCUGCUUCUGGGAUUAUAGCGACUGGGAGAUUUUCUUGAGAAACCACUGCUUCGUCUUCAACCAAAGAUUCCAUCGAUGCUUCUUCGCCUGCCAUUGACUUCUCUGACGUGUCACUUGCAUCGGCAAAAGUAAUACCAUCCGUUACCUGCUCAUCGCAAGUGACAACCGAUGUGUUUUCAGUCAACGUGUCUUCGAUAUCUACCGUGGCUGCUCCUGCUAGUUCGCUGUUAAUAACGGAUGGGCUUGUUGUAGCCAAAGGAUCGUCCUGGACGACGCUGUCUUUGGGAGAAGAAACUUCUACAUUCGGAGUAAUUUCUGGUGUCGUAUCCACAUGGGAAACAUCGUCAAACACCUCGUCUGGGUUUAUGGCAACGGAGGUUUCUUGUUGCGACAUGUCUGGUUCGUCCAAAGUGUCCACUCGUGUUGUUUCGGCUGCCAUGGAAGCCUCUGCUGGGUCAGUUGCAUCGCAAACAGUGACAUCAUCCAAUGGCUGCACGUCGAAGACAACAACAGGUGUGUUUUUAUUCUCGGGGGACGCCAUUUGGGCGAUGUUUGUUCCCUUCAGCUUGCUGUUAUUAGCCGAUCGGCCUGCCGUGGAGAGUGCUGCUAUGUGCGGUUUGUAAGUGGAUGCAGGAACUGGGUUUGCCCGAAACGGGAGAACUUUUUUAAUUUCAGUCACUUCCUUGGCGAUUGCUUUCUUAACGAUCUUAGUUUGAGGCUUCGUCUUUGGUGCUAGAUGGUCGGCUGGAGCUUUGUAUGUGCUGGCGGGAACAGGCGUAGCCUUGAAAGGUUUGCGCACGAAAUCCUCAAGAGUUUUUUUAGUCCCUGGCAGUGGUUUUAUGUUGGUCGUGACGGUGACCUUUGUAGUAUUAUCCCAUCGUUGUGCUGUUCGAAUUGCAACACGGCCCGGGGCUGAUGGAACAGUCUUUGCAGAUUCGGGGACAUUCCCAGAGUCUCUUGGUUUCAGCAGAUGUUCGGGCUUACUGAAAGAAUAGACUCUCGCAGAGACUUUUGGAAAUUCCUUUUUAGAUCCGGGAAGGGGUUUUGGAGCUGAGAAUGAAGCGUUGUAAGGCAUUUUGGGUGAUUGGUUCUCGUUGCUGGGAAUUCUUCGAAAAUCUUUUACAGGCAUUCAAAAAUAUUCGUUAACAAUUUUGAAAUCCUGAAUCAAUAUAUGGGUUUGAUCAAGAAUGAAGCCAAAUCGCGACUGUCAUGACACUAUCUUGUUUCAAUUUUUAACAGAACACAUAACAGUUAUGACAUAAAAAUUAAUUUAAUAAUUGACUCGAUUAUUUUUCGCAAGUAAUUCUGUUUAUUUGAAAGCAACAUUAAAUUUAUGUAAUGGGCAAAAGAGAAAAAAUUGAGGAACGCAGUGUGUUUUUUUGUUGCUGUGCAGUGUAAUAAUCACAGUCAACAGCGGGACGUCCUAGCGUUUUAUUUUUCCCCAUUUUCCCCCAUUUUCCGAAACAAGUUUGUAUCAAUCGUGAAACGCUGCUUGGGGAAAAAUAAUGGGGAAAAAUAAAACAUUUUAUGAACGAACGUUACCCAACCACUAAAAAUAUGAAAUAAUUCACACGAUAUGCUGAAUUUUUGCGCUUAAUUUAAAUGUGUAUACCAAAGUGACACCGUGCAUGAUUUCAUUUUAAAAUGACGGUGUGUGAAGCAUUGGAUCAGUAGGGAAACCCAAAAUUAUUAUAUUAUCGGACUCAGCGCCACCAUGCGGCAUGACACGCGCAUCGCUACCUCCCGUCCUCUCAGCCUUAUGGCCCCCUUCGUGGUCUUCCACUUCGUUGUCUAUGCUAAGAUGUUGAUCGAAAUGCGACUUCACUUCUCUCCUUGGCAAUGCAGACGAAAAAAGAAAAUGGCCGGAAAAACAAUAUUACGAUAUCACAGCGAGUUGGCUAAGCCGUUAGCUCUUACUGCCUAAGUGUAAUCUUAUACUGUUAUGGCCUUAUGGGAAUGUGUAGGUGUAGGCCUUAACCUUUUCUGAUGGAAUACUCUGAAUUGCAAUAUUCGUCAGUUUAAAGGAAACACUGUCUAUUGAGGCCUAUGUUGGCUACAGAAAGGACGAGCUUUUUGUCGUCGUAAAAAACUUGUGAAAAGAGAAAAAACUUAUUUGUAAAUUUUAGCCCAAUAAUCCUAAUAAAAUUGUGUAUGACUUUGCAUUCAUCUUUCCAUUUUACAGGAAUGUUACCUACUGCGUGAAGUUUGUUAAUAUCGGUAUUUCACAUCAUAUUGAAACCAAUCUUUAUCUUGGAUUGAUAAAACCAUUGUCUUCAAUGUUUGAAACCAAGCUGAAAAGAAAAAAGAAUUGACAAGAAAGGAACAAAAUGGAAUCCAGCGAAUAUACCCACCAGGGAAACAAGGAAUAUAUAGGGUGUCUUCAUGCCAACCAAGUGUCAUUGGAAAGAUUUUAAAAAGAUGUUUAAGCAAGAAAAACCUGAAGUUGGAGAAUGCUACAUUUGUUUCUCAUUACUAGUUUUGUAAAAAAAUGGUAAAUUGGUAAAUGAAACAACAAGUGGCCUAUUACUUUAAAUAAAUUGUUUUUAAAAGUGGAGAUUGAUUCCAAAUCUUCAGUUUCCUAGGCAGAUACCCAUCCACAAAGCCAUGGGUGAUAGAUGAUAUUCACAGCGUGCACGACUGUGUUGCAAAUUGGUAUCGUUUUUACAAAGCCAAACAGCAGAUUAAGAUCACUUGUCUACUGUGAAAGAGGUCAUGUGUCCCAACGAAAUGGCUCUCUCCGUUUGCGACAUCAGACCUUCCCAGUGUGUUAUUCUGAUGCAGAGCUCUUGAAAUCAAGUUAAACGUUUUGAUACAUCUCAGGCUAAAGCUGAAGUUCUAGAGGUAUUAGAAAAGUCGUCGCUUUUUGGUUUGAGUUUUUUCGCCGUCCGAUGCAUCAAUUGAAAUGAUGUUCACUUCCUCGACAUCAUUGCUCACGUAAUUUAAUAACUCUGUGCUUCGAAAAAAGUUGUACUUAUCUUCAAUUUCUAAAAGAAAACUUUAAUGCAUUACUAUUAUCUAGAGGUUAUAUCGAUCCGCAAAUGUAAAUCGGAAGAGGGUUUUCUUUUCCUUGACAUAAGAACGGAAAUUUAAGCAUUAGCAACAUCCGCUUUUUCUCGUUACAUUUUUUUUAAACAAAUGGUAAAUUGUUAAAAUGAAACAUCACAUGACCUAUUUCCUUAGAUCAAUUGUUUUCACAAAUGGAGAUUGAUUCCAGAAUCUUCGGCUUCUUAUAUGUAAAAAAACAAAAGAACAAGGUAGAGUACAGAUAUGGGCCACAUUACUUGUGACGUUCGUUGCGGAGUAUUGAGGAACCCUCUCAAGUCCCUACUCAUAGUGAACCUUUCAGAAACAUGAAGGUUGAUUACAUGAUUUAAGCCUAUUACAUUCAUUAAGUCUAAUGAAAGGUAUUUAUUAUUAGUUUAUUAUUAAUUCUCGAAACGUUGUAUUUCGCCGUUACCAUUUGCUCACUAGGUGGCGUUGCAACAGUGCGGCUAACAAAAACAACAGAGGGCGCUACCGCUGCUGCAAAGAUUUUCCCUAAUUCUGACGCCGGACGUUGAAGGAGAAGGUAACAUUGUAAGAUGUUUAUCAAGAUUUUGAUAACAAAGGUUUCCGUAUGCCUUAAAAGUUCAUUUACGCAUUUAAAAAAAAUAUAUAUCUUUUGUGUUUUUCUGUAAUCCCACAAGUUAAUGUCGUGAACUUAAAAAACGUAGAUAAAAACUUCAUUGAGAGUUGCUAAGCCAUCAGGUCUGCCAAGCUGAACUAACUGAAUCAUCAAAUGCCAUCCUCUGCACGUGAUUAAAUAAGUUUUCCCUUCUACUAAUUUAUAACAUAUCACAUUAAUUAUCAACUUAAACAGGUUAUCAAUUAAAAGUCAUUUUUCAUUGUGAUCCUGUACUACACAGAUCUUGUGUUGCUUUAGUGAUUGUCAAUGUGUUUCUUGUCUUACCAUAGGCAAGAAACAUCAGAAAUAGCUAAUCAUGAUUUCCGUCCAGUACUGAUAGUUGUAGGACUAUUUCUACUUGCAUGUGGACCAUUGGUAUCAAAAUUACUGUGUUUUGAUUCAGUUUUUUGAAUAUUUUUCCCACCUUGUUAUACGUGAGAUGUUUCUGGUAAAAUGUUUCAGUCCCAUGAUGGAUGCUCGAACAAGUUCAGUAAAUUUCUUCACAUUACUGGAGCACCUUCUAGUAAAACCUGAUCUUUUUUCUUUAAAGUUUAAUUGAAUCGACCAUAAGUCUUUGAUAGCAGAAUGAUCCUAGUAUUCAUUAAUAAUUUUCCUGCCAGAUGAUUAUGUGUUAACUAGUUGCUGUAGCAAUUCUGCUGCAUCUGCUUAUAUUGAAUACCUGAGGUUCUUUCUUGUUGCCAGUUUUCUGCAUUUGCGUAAUGUCUAGGUUGUGAGUUAAUUGUAUUCCCUUUUGAUCAACAUCCAAUUUCUUGUAACUUGAUAAAAGAUACAGCAAGUUGGUGAAGUUAAUAAGGAAAGAUAUAAUUUCUCUUAUUCAACUGUAUGGAAUCUUCAGUUAUGCCCAUCCGGCUUGGUUAUUCUAAAAAGUAAAUAAUAGAUCAGAGUUGGAGGGGGGAGGUGACUUACCACUCGGCAGAAAUUAUAUUCAAGAAAGACGUCGCUAUUACGUGUUGCAUCAUUCCGUUACUAGUCUUAGUGGCGUUCCUGGCAGCUGUUGUGUAACUCGUCCCGCUGGUACAAAAUUCCUGAAACAAUAAUUUUGACAAUGCAAAAUAAAUUUAUCUGUUGAGAA